AUGAGUGAAUUACCGUUUUCUUUACCACCAAGUAGUCCUCCUAUGUUGAGCGGAUUUGAUAUUUCUGAAAAUGAGGCUUUAAUUGAUGAUAUGGUUGACAAUUUAGAUGAUGCAGCAGAAGAGGAGGAUGGGGAAGAUCUUUUUGGAGAAAAUAUGGAACGGGAUUAUGUGCAAAAUAUUGAGCUUGAUCAUUAUGAUAUUGAUGAACUAGAUGAUGAAGAGGAAUAUGAGGCAAUGGAUCCAGCAUUGCGACGAGAAGUUGAAGAAAAACUUAGAAGACGUGAUAGAGAGUUAGAAAAAGCUAAAGGGCUUCAUAAAACAACAGCAUUUCUUCAAGAUGAUGAAAAUGAUUCACUUGAUUUUUCCAUAAGACGUAGACGUAGACAUUAUUAUGAUGAUAAACAAGAUGAUAUGAAUGAGGAAUUCGUGGAAGAACUUACAUUGGAUGCUCUUAUGGAUAUUAAAGCAGAUUCAAUAAAUGAAUGGAUAUUAAUGGAUCCCGUACAAAAUGCAAUUUCACGUGAAUUUAGGACGUUUCUUCUUGAAUAUACUGAUGAUAAGGGUACAUCUGUAUAUGGUAAUCGUAUUCGAACACUUGGAGAAAUCAACUCUGAAAGCCUUGAAAUCAAUUAUACACAUCUUUUAGAAUCAAAAGCAAUAUUAGCAUAUUUCCUUGUUAAUUCUCCAUCAGAACUUCUUUCUAUAUUUAAUAGAGUAGCUAUGGAAACAACACUUUUACAUUAUCCAGAUUAUGAACGUAUCCAUAGUGAAAUUCAUGUUCGUAUUAUAGAAUUGCCUAAAACCUUCACACUUAGGGAAUUACGACAAUCACACCUUAAUUGUCUUGUUAAAGUAUCGGGUAUUGUUACUCGACGUACUGGAGUAUUUCCUCAACUUAAAUACGUUAAAUUUGACUGUCAAAAAUGUGGAAUUGUACUCGGUCCAUUUUCUCAGGAUUCUAACACAGAAAUAAAAAUAGGAUUUUGCCAUAAUUGUCAAAGUAAAGGCCCCUUUUCUCUUAAUUCGGAAAAAACAAUAUAUAGAAAUUAUCAAAAAAUGAUGCUUCAAGAAAGCCCAGGAACUAUUUCACCUGGUCGUCUACCUCGUCACAGAGAAGUUAUUUUAUUAUGGGAUCUUAUUGAUAGUGCAAAACCUGGUGAAGAAAUUGAAGUUACGGGGAUUUAUAAGAAUAAUUUUGAAGCAUCUUUAAAUGUGAAAAAUGGAUUUCCAGUUUUUGCUACAGUUAUUGAAGCCAAUCAUAUUAGCAAAACAUAUGAUCAGUUUGCAGCAUUUAGGUUAACAGAGGAAGAUGAAAAAGCUAUUAGACAAUUGUCUAAAACUGAAAAUAUCGAUAAAAAGAUCAUUGCAUCAAUUGCUCCUUCUAUUUAUGGGCAUUAUGAUAUAAAACAAGCUAUUGCUUGUUCUUUAUUUGGAGGAGUUCCGAAAGAUAUAAAUGGUAAACAUAGUAUUCGUGGAGACAUUAAUGUACUUUUAUUGGGAGAUCCAGGCACUGCAAAGUCUCAAUUCCUAAAAUAUGUCGAAAAAAUAGCACAUAGGGCUGUAUUUGCAACUGGACAGGGAGCAAGCGCAGUUGGUUUAACAGCUAGUGUAAGAAAAGAUCCCGUAACUGGAGAAUGGACUUUAGAAGGUGGAGCACUGGUACUUGCAGAUAAAGGUGUUUGUUUAAUUGAUGAGUUUGACAAAAUGAAUGAUAGAGACAGAACAUCAAUUCACGAAGCUAUGGAACAACAGUCUAUUUCUAUUUCUAAAGCAGGUAUUGUAACAACACUUCAGGCUCGAUGCGCAGUAUUAGCAGCUGCAAAUCCUAUAGGUGGACGAUAUAAUACGACAAUACCUUUUAAUCAAAAUGUUGAACUUACAGAACCGAUAUUGUCUCGAUUUGAUAUUUUAAAUAUUGUAAAAGAUACAGUGGAUCCGGAAGAAGAUGAAAGAUUAGCAAAAUUUGUCAUUGGAUCACAUUUAAGAAGCCAUCCUUAUUACAGUCCUAACGCGGAGAACUUAAUUGAUCAUAAACAACCUAUGGGAGCAAUUGAACCUAUACCUCAAGAUUUAUUGCGAAAAUAUAUAAUGUAUGCUAGAGAAUAUAUACAUCCAAAACUUCACCAAAUUGACCAAGAUAAAAUUUCUAAAUUAUAUAGCGAUAUGAGAAGAGAAUCUUUAGCAACUGGAUCGUAUCCUAUUACAGUACGUCAUCUAGAAUCAAUUAUUCGAAUUAGUGAAGCAUUUGCUAAAAUGCAUCUUUCUGAAUAUGUUAAAACACAACACAUCGAUUCUGCGAUUAAAGUGAUUGUUGAUUCUUUUAUUAGUGCUCAAAAAUUAAGUGUUAAAAAAUCCUUAUCAAGAGCACUAGCUAAAUAUAUAUUACCUAAAAGUAAUAGAGUUCCUAUUAAAGCUUAA